GGUCGACAGGUCGAUUGUCUCGCGUGUAUGAAUAUUUAAGCUCUCCUCAUUAUAUUUUCAUAAUUAUUCCGAGUGUUCCAGCACAAUUAUUAUUCGAAAAAGUCAAUGUUACGUCUACGCGAUGUGAAGUGAAUGUCGCUAUAUACGACGUAUAAUCGAAAUAGGUAAUUUUGGAGUAUGCGGUGAGUCGAAUGAUGAAAAUCAAGAUAAUCGUAUUGGAUCGAAUUUGAGCAGUGUUAGUGAACGUUUUCGUAGCGGAACAAGCUCGAGUAGAACGAAUUACUUUCAGCCAGAGUCUCGGAGGUGGGAGAAUCUCUACCUGGCUGGGAAGUACGGCACACGAUUCCGUAAUAUUUAUUUUCUACUGGCGGCUAGUGAGUCACUACCUGGCCGACCACGGUGCGGCGAGCUGGUCGCCUCGCGUGUUCGCGUCCCUCUGCGAGUGUUUAUUGCAAACAGUGAGCUCACGGUGACGCUUUGAGCCAGACAACAGUUUCAGAAGAAAGGACCCGUAAUAACACCAAAAUUCCUGAAGAAAAGCAGUUAUCAGUGGAAAUUUGUGAUCACCAAAAUAAGUCACAUCCAACUCCCCGCGUUUAUAGUGUCAAAUAAAAUGCUUGUAAUUAUUAUUCUCCCUUCUAAUUAACGAGAAUUUGAAACGAACAUAAUACAUGUACUUGUUGUGCCGCGAAGGUUACAUCGAUAUCCGUAGAAACGGAUCGCAUAACGCUGCAGUUUUCUGACAUGUGUCAGUUCGAUGUUUGUUCGAUCCUCAAAGGGAUUUAGACUGGCAGUCAAGUGCAAUUCGUGCAACGAUAGCGAUCGCUUAUUUACCCGUUUCAGUGAACAGUUGUUGCAGCAAUUUUGCGCGUGUGCUGUAUGUACCUGGAAACGAUCGCGCGAACAAAGAAACGUGGGAGGGGUUACGUUCGUACGUUAUACCCGAUGUUCGUAGUUUUCGAGCGAGGUAUUGUUGACUUUCUACCGUAAAGGCAGGAAUCGUUGCUGUACGCGCGGUUCGUACGUGUUGUAACGAGGAAACGGAGCAGAACAACGGAAUUAAUCCUGUAAUAGUUUACCCUCGUUUCCAGUGCGUAGACAGAUACGAAUCGCAUUGACAUUCGAUUCGAUAUCGAUCGAUGGUAACGCGUGAUCAGUUCGAGGGCAAUUUCAGCUGAUUCCGUCUAUUCGUAUCGAACCGAGUCGAUCGUAGUGCGCGCGUGCGAUGUAUCGAACAGUAAACGAAAGUGCUCGAAAGCAGCAAUACACUUGACCAAGAAAAUUAUGCCGGUGAGUGUGAUCACAGCUGAUCGUUUCCGGUAGUGAGAGACUGUUAACCGUCAAUGAGAAAACCUGUUCCGAUUCCGAUGUUACGCGUACCAGACGGAAGGAAAGAAAAAGUGAAGUAUUCAUUUUACUCUCGCACAACUCGUAAAAUUUAUUGACAAUAUUCGAAGGUGAAACCGCAUGACUCAUUCGUGGAUUAUCGAUCGCUCAAUUAUUCUGUUGCGUUUUACGAAACAAUUUUUUCCUUUUUGCAUCAUCGAUUCGAACAGAUAGGUUAUCGAUGUUUCCUUUAAAUACAAAGAACGAGUAAAACUGUACCCUGCGCAGCAUCUGUUGCGCAAUCGGUACAUAUUCGACCGUACUACACUCGCAUCGAUUCUCGAUUUGCCUCGAUCGAAAGCGGGAAAAGUUUAGAUAUGUAUUUAUUUCUUAAUCGAUCGCAACAUGAUUAUCGACUUGCACACGACGCUGAAUCCACGUUACACGUCGAGUUGGGGCGUUCACAUUGAUUAGUGUAUUUUUUACUCUGAACAUUACAAAUGAUUGUGACGCGCGGCUAGUCGACACCUGGUUCUUCGCGUGUCAUUACGAACGACAAUAAAGGUCAGGCAUAAGUCGGACACGGGACAUUCGAGCGACAAACGAACAGCGCGGAAGAACCAAGGCGCGGGCAGGAUGCCGCCGAAAAAGGACGGCCAACCGGAGCCGUACGCUCUCGAGGAUAUGAUUUCUGAUCUCCAGGAGCGACGAAAUUCCCUAGAUCACGAGGAUCUCGAGGAUCCGGUGGAGCUUUUGAGAAAACGAGACAAGGACCUUGUAUUGGCUGCGGAAUUGGGCAAAGCGCUUUUGGAGAGGAACCAGGAGUUGACUAGACAGAGUGAGGCCCUUGCUGAAGAGUAUGCGUCGAAAUUAGAGAGCCUGGAACAAGAGAGGCACCUGCUUCGAAGAAGGCUGGAGGAAGUCAAGGGCGAGAACGAGGCGAGAACUUUGGAGUUACAAACGGACGUGGAGACGUUGAGGAGCCAGCUAGAGGAGCAGAAUGAACGAGCGAGAAGGGCGGAACGAGAUCAGGCGACUUUGGUUACAGAGUUGACUGCUCAGAACGCGAGGCUGGCCGAUCAGCUGAGAGAAGCCGCGAAACAGGAAGAACAGCUGCUCAUCGAGGUCAAGGUGCUCAGGGAAAACUGUGCCCUAAGAAAUACCAGGCUCCAGGAUCACGUCAGCAGUUUGGAGCUUCUCAAGGACGAGAUGCAGUUAGUGUCCGCGCAAAGAACAGAAUUAGAGAAGAGGUCCUUGGAACUGCGCGAAGAGAGGACGAGGGCAAUCGCGGCCCUGGAAGAAGCCGAAGAGAGAGCAGCGGCCUUGGAGCGGCUCGGCCACGAGGCGGAACACAGGGCGAAACUGGCUGAACGAGAGAGAGACGAGCUGGCCGCAACGUUGGCGGUGAUCGAGGCGGAUAGGAGAGGAAGAUCCGGUUCGAUACAGAAACCACCGAGGUCCUUGCAAGCGGAGAUGGAGUGCGAGGAGAGCGGAAGUUCGCUGGGGGAGCAGGAGGACCUUCGGGCAGAGGUGGCCAGGGCGGUGAAGCGGUUGAAGGAACUGUGCGUCCAUUUGAGACGGGGAGAGGAUGACUCGGGGCUACAAAGCGACUGCGACGAGUCGAUGCUCGUGAUCCCGAACAACACCGCGGAAACGGACGAGACGAACACCAAUGGACAGGAGACACUGCCUAGCUCGACCAACUGUCCCGGUGCUUUAUUGGAGCUAGUAGAAGAGGUGUACAAUUUGGCAUUGUCUGGAAGAGGAGCACCCGUGGAGCUAGGUUUGGCAGUGGAGCUGCACAGGGCUCGAGAAGAGUUGGACCACACGAAGGACCAGUUGAAGCAGACGCAGGAAGAGCUGAAGAGGCGAGGGGAGGCUCUGCUCGACACGACUAGCAAAUUGAGCGUGUGCGAAGCUGAAUUGCGCGGCGUUAAAGAAGAACGAGACCGAGCUCGCAACGACAUGGAUGAUUCGCAAUUAACCAAGGACGAGAUCCUUUCUCAGGCUUACAAAGUCAGGGACCAGGCAGUAGCCAGGAAGAACAGAGCGGAAGUGGAAUUAGCCAAAACUAGGAUAGACGUGCUACAAGCCAACAGCCAACUGAUGGAAGCUAUUCAACAGAAGAUCGAACUGAGCCAACAGCUGGAACAAUGGCAAAUGGACAUGCAAUCGUUAUUGGACGAACAGGUGCGAAGUAAACUGACGUCUGUGACGAACGCCAUCGCCGCGGCGAACGCUGAAAAUUCGGAUAUCGUAGCUCCGGCGAGGAAGAAGAGGAGCACCGGUUCGUCGAGAAAAAUGUUCGGUCUGUUUUGACGAAAAUGACUGUUCGCGUUGCGCGAAACGAAAGCCAAGAGACACCGGUGUGCACGGUGAGAGAAGAAGACUGCGCUCGAGAGGAUGUUCUUUCUCGUGUUUCCUAGCAAUAUCAGUGUAUCAGGGACCAAUCGGCACCGUUGUUGCGUUCAAAAAGCAGACUGUGCUGAUACGAAUUUAAACGGCGAACCCGCCGUAAAUCGUUCGACGCGCGUAUCACUUUCCACGACGCUUCUAGAGCAACCGGGCCGUAAAUUUUUCGUUCGUUCUACUUUCCGGCUGUUCGUGCAGGUUCGUCGAAAAAUUUCGUUUCGCCAGCAGAGAUUACUGCCUCGAUCUUCCUUGAUAUAUUUUCGCGCCGCGGAACUAGGACUUUCUCAAAGAAAGAUUCCCGACAAUAGAUAUAUCUUCGUUUAUAAUCUCUCCUAGAGUACGUUGCGGAAUACGUAGUAUAAAGCAAGACAACGAACGAGACUUCUUUGUAACGUCAAAGCCCUCGAGGAAAGAAGGAGAACGACAUAGGAGGGUGAAACAUUUACUUCACAGUGAAGCGUGAACCGUUUCGAGAACGGCGUGUCAUUGUGGUAAUCGUGGAACGGCUCUCGUUGCACCACGGUUUCAACGAUCUCUACCGACGCCGCUUUGUAAGGAUCUCUCGAUUUUAAACUGUUAUUUCCAACGCUGCGUUUAAGCGAAACUAGCCGAUUUCCUCGUUGCUUCUCCACCGGGUGAGAUGUAAUAACACGGCCUAAACAGCUACGAUCUGUUUAUUCACGGUUGUAAAUAAAAUCUUUGUGAUAGACUCGUACAUAAACUUGUUAGGUUUUUCAGAAAGGAAUUUCUUUAUCGUUGAUUGUGAUAUGGAUAUUUUAUUGCUGUUAUAAUAAAGGACAACGAUGGAAGGUGGCCAAUUUUAGAAUUAAACGGGAAAGAAACAUCCCUGAACAGAAAUUAGACAUUUUUAAUCUAAUGAGAAUUUUAUUAUAGUUUUACAACCGCGUUCAGAAUUUAGACUUUUAUCUAUUCCGUUAUACGUUCCAAACUUGGCUACUUUCCAUCAUCGUCCUUCACAUUCUAAAUCAAAAUGCUGCAAUUCAUUCAUUUGUACAGUAGUUACAAAUAUCAUGUUAUUGUAAAAUAAUCAAUUUAAUAAGCUGAGAAUUUUGUGCAAGCCUUAUUCUUA